UACAUUAUCAAUGGAUUAUGAUCACUCAUUGAUUAUCCAUCAUUAACUAAGUUUUAAAUUGAUGAAAAUGAAGUUAAUUAUCACUUUGAUUGCAACAAUUAUCUAUUCAACAAGUGAAUCGUUUCAACAAAUUAGUUUGAAUGUCCAAAAUGAUCCGAAAUUGUUAUAUGUUCAAGGAACGGCGGUCAAACCUAAAGUUAAAUUGUUCCGAGGUGUUAAAGUUUAUCAAUAUUUGUCGAUUCCAUACGCUGAGCCUCCGAUUGGUACUAAUCGGUUUCAAAGGUCAUUUCCAAGGUCAACUGAUGUGAAUCAUCUAAUAGCCAACAAAUGGGGUCCAUUUUGUGCUCAGGGCCAAUUAACUGGUUCGAAAGGUAAUUUGAUCUACUCGGAGGAUUGUUUGGUUCUGAACAUUUUCACGACCCAUUCGAGAGGCGAUUUCCAAGGUUUGACCUUGGACAGAGUUCGACCUGUUAUUGUCUUCAUACACGGAGGAGGAUUUAAUUAUGGUUCAGCUAAUCAACCAGACAAUUACGAUGGUACCGCAUUAGCGGUUAUCCAUGAUGUGGUUAUUGUAACGAUCAAUUAUCGACUUGGUGUUUUUGGAUUUCUUCAUUUACCUGAACAUGAUAUUCACGGGAAUAUGGGUCUAUGGGAUCAGCGAACGGCUUUGAUAUGGAUUCGAGAUAAUAUUUUAAGAUUUGGUGGUGACCCUAGAAAAGUGACCAUUUACGGUCACGAUGCUGGAGCUGCUUCGGUUGCGGCUCAUAUCAUUUCACCUUAUUCGAGAAAUUUGUUCGUAAACGCGAUUAUCCAAAGUGGUUCAAUCUACGAUUUAGAUUCUUGGAAAGUUUCUAAUGUGUCGAAAAUUUUUCUCAACAAAAUUGGUUGUUCGAAGGUAACAAAUGUUAUCAAUUGUCUAUCGAAGUACCAACAUGGUCAAUACCCGGAAGCGGAUAAACUUUUAUUUGCACCCGUUUAUGGUGAUGACUUUUUACCAAUCAAACCUGAGAUCGCUUUGACCAGUGGUCAAUUCAAUGAAAAUGUUAAUGUACUAGUUGGGGUUUCAAGUGAUCCAGGAAAUAUUUUAUCGAUAUCCGGAUCGGAAGUCAAUCCCAUUUGGCCAACCAAUUCAACGUUUGUUAAAGGUCAAUCAUUUGUUGGCGGUCACAAAUAUUUUAACGGUUUACUUCAUGAUCUGAGACCCGAUAAUUAUUACGGAAUCAAUCAUCGUUUAAUUAGUAUUGUUAACGUUUAUUGUCCGACAUACUUGUUGGCCUUUCAUUUAGCUUCGACGGGUCGAGCAAAAGUUUAUACUUUUUACCAAAGUCAAAAACUUUGGAAAUCAAUGAUCGACGAUAAGAUCCAAUGGUCGCCGUUUGGUCAAAAUGAUGAUUUCAGUCCCGUUUUCGGUCAACCUUUAAUUCAACCAAACGACUAUUCAAAAGAAGAUUUAAUUCUCUCUUCGAUUAUGAUGAACAUUUGGACGUCGUUUGCGAAAGAAGGACUACCUGAGAAUCUUGGAACUCGCGACUGGUCAGAUUGGAGUUUAUCUCGUUCAAGAUUCGCAACGAACGAAUUGAACUCGAUGAGAAUGAAAAAGUUCAAUUUCCAGAACUUAUUUGAAUUCUGUUCAGACAAUUAUCCAUCUCUACCAGAGAGCCAUCAACUUUUUGGCUUGGACUUUGGACCAUUAAUCAACUCUCAUGAUGAACUUUAAUCAACCCAUAAUUACUCUUAACUCUAACUGAAUCUCAUUAAAUUUUUGCAGCUAAUCAAUCAUCAUUUUCUAAUCAUUUAAUUUGAUCGCUUAAAUAUUAUUUGUCUAGUCUAUCGAUUCAUCUAAAAUUUAUUAGAGAAAACUUUCCACACCAGUCUACAAUUGUAAUUAAAAACUCUCUCCCGAUAAAGUGUUAAUAAGAUACGAAAAGUUAAUUAUCAAUAAAAUCUUUCUCUUAAUACAGAUAUUAAAAGUUAUCGAACU